AUGAGGACUUGCAUAUACUCCGAAAGCCUGGCAGAAUGCAAGGGUGCCUCAUUGUAUAAACAAAUUCCUCCACUAUUUGCAACUGACGACUACAAGACAUGUUUGCAACAGUCAACGGCAUCGUUUUGUAUGGUUUAUGUAGAAAUCCAGCCAGAUCAUAACUCUGACAUAUGGAGUCGAAUCUGGGAUCUUCAGAAUUCCGAGGGAUAUCAUUAUCGUCAUGAUCAACUGUAUCGCGGUGUGUGUACUUCGAAUUUUGGAAAAAAUUAUACAAGUAUCACCGUCUACGCCCCAUCAUGGAAUGCCAGUGCAAUGGAACCCGAGACGGAUAAUGUUAAAAUGUCCAGAAAGCUCUACAGAAUUUCAAGAAAGCAGAAAUCCAUUUCACAUUAUGAACAAGAACUGCAUAAUCACAUCUCUUCCGAAAUGGAGUCCAAAUACAAUCUCAGCGUAAAAACCUUUGUGAAAUACUGCGACAAUCCACGGGAGCCAAUUCAGAAAGACACGGGCUAUUUAAUCGCUAUAUAUAUCAUCUUGGGAAUCAUUGCUCUGAACGUAUUCUCAACUCUUUACGAUCGCCGCCUAGAAUCACAUCAAACUGAAGAAUCACAAGGAGUUCAUUAUUUUGGCAGAAAUCACAAACCAAUAACUAAUAAAAUUUUGACAUCAUUCUCAUUGCAUCGCAACUAUAAUCGUUUAGUUGCUCCAAAUAAAAGUCCAGUCGGUAAAGACUUGAGAUUUGUCGACGGUGUAAGGACUCUUUUGUCCAUUGCUAUUGUAUUGGAGCAUGUUAUUUUCGCUCAAUUUAUGCCCAUAUCGAAUGUCUCCACUGUGGAAUACCUAUACACGACCACAAUCGUGAUCUCAAGUUUGCAUUUUGUGGUAUGCAUUGAAAUGUUUUUCCUUUUGAGUGGUCUCAUGUUGUAUUUGAAGUUUGAUAAAUUGGAAUGUAUAACCACCACAUCAAGUCUGAAGCAAUGUAUAACCGUUUAUGUUCGAAUGAUGAUAUCCCGCUAUUUAAGAUAUAUCCCAUCCGUAUUGCUGCUAAUAAUGUUUUCGUCCAAUGUCCUCUUACACCUACAGAAUGGGCCCUUUUGGAGGCACAUUAUCGAGCCGAAUGUGAAAAUGUGCAGUGACUAUUGGUGGUCUAAUUUAUUUAUGACACCCAAUUUAAAUGUAAACAAUUCGUGUUGGUUGCACACAUGGUAUAUAGGAGCUGAUUUUCAUCUUUAUGGAGUUUUUCUUGGAGUUCUGAUUAUUUCCACGAGAUUUCCCCGAUUUAAAAGACUUACCUACGGAUUAAUUGGCAUCAUUGGAGUCGCCAUGCCAAGUAUAGUCAGUCAUAUGAGAAAAUUAGGAUCGACAAGCACGUGUAAACUGGAAGAUUUCCGACACAUGUAUCUGAAAGGCAUCGAAACAGGCGAAGCCUUGUACCUUAGUUCCUAUAGCAAUCUGAUUGGAUUUUUCAUUGGCAUAUUGUGUGGAGAGUUAUAUUCGAAGUACCUGAGGCAUGACAAAUACAAGCAAGUUGUGAGUCGUUAUUUGCAAUCACUGCCUAUGUAUGGAUGGCUAGUCAUUUCUAUGAUCUGGUAUUUGGGUUCAACGCUGAUGACCAAAGAGCACUCCAUUUGGACUGCUUUGUUUCCCAUUUUGCACAAACAUUUGUCGGUGGCCAUAGUAGCAACCAUCAUUUUCCUGUUUAACAUGUGUAAAAAGCGUGGAUUUUUCACAUGGCCUUAUUUUCGAUUGCUGGCACGAAUUUCAUAUCAAGUAUACCUGUGGCACUUUCCAAUUCUGUUUAUGAUCUAUGGAAGUAUUAAUCAACCAUUCAAUGUUUCGAUUCAGUUCUUGGUUGCUCUUCUGGUCAUUACGUAUGCAUUGUCCGCUAUAGCAUCAUUCUUUAUAGCGCUAAUGGUGGAGUAUCCAAUGGCCGAACUACUAAGUGUAUUCGAUUUAAAAAACAAACCAAAGGCAGCUAAAAUAUCUUAA